GGUGUUUCUGUGCGCGCAAUGGUGAAAACUCUCCAUAAAGGACUUUAAAUUCGAUAUCGGCAUUAAUCUGACAGACCCGAUGUUCAGAGGAGUCUACAGAGGAACUCAGAAACAUGAAGAUGACUUUGCUGAGGUGGUGGAGCGUGCGCUGCAGGUCGGCGUUCAGAAGUAUUUCCAGCUUCAGUUUGAUCUGGCGGAGGCGUCUGGACCCAUGUUCCUCCACUGCAGGAACGCUCACACAGAGUUCAUCGACAUCAUGAGGAGGAACAGACAGCGGUGUGUUGGUGGAGUGGUGCACUCGUUCGACGGCUCUCAGCAGGACGCGGCGGCUCUUCUUGAUCUGGAUCUCUACAUUGGUAUUAACGGCUGCUCCUUAAAGACAGCAGAGAAUCUGGAGGUGAUGAAGUCCAUCCCGUCUGACAGACUGAUGAUCGAAACAGACGCUCCGUGGUGCGGCAUUAAAAACACUCACGCUGGAGCCAAACUGAUCAAGACCAGCUUCCCCACCAAGAAGAAGUGGGAGACGGGACACUGUGUGAAGGACAGGAACGAGCCCUGCCACAUCAUACAGGUGCUGGAGGUGAUGGCCGCUGUCAGGGAGGAGGAUCCACUGGAUCUCGCUGAAACCAUCUUCAACAACACCGACACACUGUUCUUCAAGAACCGCUCAUGAGGAAACACUGGCUGUGUAUCACACACACACACACACACACCAAUAGACAUAUCUUCAGUAGGACUCUCCCAUAACCCCACACACACACACACUCAAUAAAAGAAAAUAUGACAACACA